AUGGAAAUUCCUGAACGACGUUUUGACUGGGAUCAUGUGUAUCCUGAUGUACCUCCUAUUUCUAAUAACCCAUCCUAUAAUUCUGUCAGAAUACAUCAAUCUCUAGAUAAAAACGUACUCAGGUAUACUUUGCCUGGCGUCAAUGACGAAGAUAAAGACGAAUUCUUCAUUUAUGGGACAUGUAUAUCAGUACGUGGAGAGCAGUCUGAAUCUCGACCUGAGUAUACUGACGAAAUUGUAAAUAAUCCCCCAGAAUAUACGUCAACAAACGUUGAAGAAAGUUAUAAGUCGAAAAUCGAUGAAUUACACAAGCAAAUAAAAAACUUAGAGGAGGAGGCUAGUCAAGUCCCUAUUCUGCAGGAUAAUUUACGCUAUUUAUAUGAAGAAAAUGUACGUCUACAUCAGAAAGAUGAAAUUAAAGAGUCUCAUCAAAUUCAAAACGGUGGACAAAUUGAUAGCACUGAUGACGAAGUAGAGGAAAUUGUUGAAGAGGAGGUCCGGACAUAUAAAAAGACUAAAACUGACCCUGUUGUAAAUGUUCUUCCUAAUACAAGCCACCCUGUUAAUUUGAGCAAAGGAAUUGAUAAAAGCCAGUUUCCUUCAGAAUAUUGGUCUAAACUAGAGUCUUACUUCUAUAAGCGCUUUUUGUCAGAACAACUUAAUCAUAAUAUUGCCGUACAACCAACGGAAGCUAGUAAACGUACCACGGCAACUAUGGCUUGUCCUAUCAGUUCAUCUAAAUUUAGAUGCGUUGGUGUCAAUGUUUGUCCAUCUGUUCAAGAAGUUGGAGUUUCCUGUCCAAAAUCGGAAACGCGCGAAUUCGGCUGCCGUUUUUAUGAAACAGAGUCAAUGACUAGACAGUGGUUGGAUCGUGUUUUCCCCGGAAUGGAAGAUAAAAGUAGAAAUACUGUGCACAAAGUUAUACGAAGCUUUUAUGAAAAUCGUGAAGAAUUUGUUAGUACUUUGUUAUCAAUUAUUAAAAAGUCUGUUUGUCACGUGGGCAUUCAAUCUCAUAUAAUCAGCCAAUCACGUGGUUGUUCACCGAUCCAGAAGGAGACAGAAAAAAUCGUUUUGAACCCGGACUUAACUACUCAUCCCCCUCAACCAAAGGUUUCUGAAUUUGUUCAGGUUAUGCCCGUUUUAAAUAGUCGAUCUACUAUGACAAAGCGUCAGUUGGGUGUUCAUGUUGGUUGUUUAACAGAGUCUCCUGUCUUACGUAGUCAAGGUACUUCUCCGAAAAAGGAUUUACGAGGAUUUACCACAUGCGGUUUGCAAUGUGAAAGCAAUAUAGAACUGGUUCAUAAGGGUUGUGAUGCAAUAUACCCUGAAGUAAGACACGUUGGAUCAUCAACGGUCAGUGAGUUUCCUGUGCAGAAAAAGGAUCCUAUCGUAAAAUCCCGUCGAUCCACAGAAUCUUUCGAGAAGACUGAAAAGCUUUCAAUUAUUCAAGAAACAAAAGAUCCGAAUUCUGUUUGCAUUGCUAAACCGUCGACAUGUGAUUCUCCAAAAUUGAGUCAGACAAUGAUUCCAUUAUCUAAACUGCCUUCAUCUACAUCAAGUCAUUCUGAGGGUUAUACUGUAUCCACUGAACGACGCAUGGUCGAUGAACUUUCACAACGAUAUAUGCUGUUGGAUAAAGUAAAUGUAGAUGAACUAGGUUCUGGUGGACAGGCUGCGUUUCAAGAUGUUAUGUCUAAAAGUAUUGAUUUGGGAAGUACUCAUGUUGUAAAAGAAUUCCAACCAACCGUCGAAGUUUUCCAUCAUAUUGGUGAUGAAACUGAAGAAGUUGAUCCUUCUACUUUACCAAAUGAAGUGUUUUCCCCAUUCCAAACGAAUUCACCCUCUGGGUUUCCUUUCACACCUGAUGUCACCAAUCUAAAAUUUGACUCAAGAACGCGCCAUAGUUCCGGUUUAUCCAAUCCUCCAACUUCUGACCUUCCUGCUACGCAACCAGUAAUAAUACCUGUUAUUUAUGGACAAACUGCAAAGCUCUUUGAAUCUGUUCCAAGACCAUCGUAUCCUAAAGUCUGUAGCACAGAAAGUCUGAAACCUACUGCUGUCUCUUGGAUUCCUGUACGUAAUUACCGAUUUGUUUUGUCAAACGAAGCAAAAAAAGCAUGUGAAUCUUUAAUUGGUUACUAUCAAGCUGAACCAACUAUCGGUAGAGCAGAGGAAAUGAAAGAUAAACUUCUGACGAUAGUGAAAAUUUGGUUUGAACUUGCUGCAACAUCACAAACAGACUUACCUAGCAUUGAAGAUUUCAUUGCGAUUCUUCAUGAUUAUUCACCAGCUCUGUUGCGUGAUGUCAUUCAAUCAAUUGAUGAAAAUGAUAGUACCUGUCUGCAUUAUUCUGUUGGUCAUGGUGCUUGGCAAGUUGUCAAUUUAAUUCUGGAUACUGGGCAUGCUCAUCCUGAUUAUCUUAAUCGAUCUGGAUUUUCACCUAUUAUGAUUGCUACUCUUAGUAAUGUAACUGACUCUGGUGCUUUAAAAACACUUAGUCGACUAUUCAGCAUGGGGGAUGUGAAUCUCUGCACAAAUACACCUGCUCGUCAAUCUCCACUCAUGUUAGCUGCAUCAAAUGGAGCUGUAGAUAUUUGUUCUUUGCUUAUUGCGCAUGGAGCUAAUAUAAAUGCUCAGGAUGCUUCUGGUAACACUGCCAUAAUGUAUGCAAUAGAACACGGUCACGUUGGUGUCGUAAAAUGUAUACUUGGUUACGGAGACUUAAAUUUAACUUUAGUCGAUAAUAAUGACAAAAAUGCUCUUGAUGUGGCAAAAUCAAAAGAUAAUUUAGAAAUAUUGAAUUUGAUUCAAUCAGCUUAUAAUGCUCCUUCUAAGGCAACUUCUUUAGCUAGCGAAAUUUCACCUGGCGUCAGAUAUAUUAUUGAACGAAGAAAUACGCAUAGAUUGUUGUCAAACCUAUGUGAUCUACAUGGAACAUUCAUCCCAAAAUCAUUUAAAUCGUCUUCCUAGAUACUACUUACCAUUAUUAAUUUGCUUUUUUGAGUAUUUCUUUUUUUUUUUCUUCCCUCAUUAAUAUCAAUUAUUGAGUUUAAUAAUUUUUACACUUUAUGUUCUUGAAUUAUAUAUACCAUUUGUAAUCAUUAUGU